ACGCGUCCUAAUUUACUCCUCACAUCUACCUCUUUUAAUUGUGCUCAUUUGCGAAUUCGUGGGAGACACUGUGUCGACCGUAUUAUUGGAGUGUUGCAGGUCAAAUURAUUAUUGAAUUAUUGAGAGAGCACUAAUUGUUGACCUGUAAAAUUCCUUGGAAAUUUUUUGCACAAGCUAACCUCAAACCACAUAACCUCCAAAUUCGCACGAGGCGGCUGACUUGCGAAUUCUUUUGCACGCUAAAAUCGCUCCAUCUGGUGGCUGGAUCUGCACUACAUUCACAAGUGAUUUACYGACAGUUGAUGAUGAUUUACCUUGCGAUGGAGUGGACACUGUAACAUGCGAAAAUCUACCUGUGGGAAGUGCUYMGAGAUAAUUGCUCGAGGUAAGGAAACCUCGUUUGCGUGUGUAAAGUGUGYCAAUCUCUUUCAUACUGCCUGUAUCAGUCCAAGUCGAUUGUGUGGCUCGCGUUCCAUCUGUUGCUYUGCCUGCUCAACYAAUCAGGACACUCCUUCACUCUCGAACUCGCUGCAGCAUUYCUUGGCUCCUCCCUCCACCAAUCAACAACGAGCCAAGCGUCGAGCGCCGCCCUCUUSGCCGCCAUCAUUGCGCKUUGCUAAGCRACACUGCAAAGCCGCGCCUACUUCAGUGUAUUCGAGCACUUCCCCACCAGAUCUCUCAUCCGACUUAAAAAUGCYGAAUCUGCCUGACCAAGCGCCAGCAUGGUUUGCUGACUUUCGUGCUCAUUAUGAUAAUCACAUGACAGCACUUAACUCCAAUAUUACUUCGCUGGGAACGAGGUUGGAUUUCUAUGAAAUCAGUUCACAGGAGUGAAGUUGCGGCCGUCCGCAGUGAGAUUGCCUCAGUUUCUCGCGCUAUCGCUGAUCGGUGUGAGGUCAAAAUCUCGGGCGUACCAUCCUCGCAGAUCAUCAAGAACGAUGCUGCUAUCAAUAAGCUAAUUAAUUUUCUCGAGGUUCAAAUCCAUCCAGCACAUAUCYUAGAGGUUCGUGACUGGCAAAGGUCGUCAGMACCCCUGUCAUCUGGUGCAACCUCCUUGAUCCCUCAACAGGCAAAUCAAGACUCUCGUGAAAUUGUCAUCCAGUUUCUGUGUCCUCUGGUGCGUGAUCGCUUCCUAUCUCAUGCAUCGAGACUCAGGGAUCGUACGGCAAAGGAUGUUUUUGG